AUGGCACUUGGCUUCUUGGUCUACCUUUCCUACACUCCACGAAUCAAGGGCAACAUUCCAGCCUUCACACCUGAGACAUAUCCAAUCAUUGGUUCCUACAAAUUCUUCACCCACAAACUCUCUUUCUGGAAGGCAGCACAGCGCGCAUCGAAGAAUGGCAUGUUCAGCUUCUGGCUUGGCAAGAACCACGUUGUUGGUGUCUCUGGCGAGGCUGCUCGCAAGAUGUACCUUGAGAACCCGGCCAUGGACCACAUCAAGGGCGUCAUCCUUAUUGGACACGGCCCAGACUAUAUUGACGGCCGCAAGACCAAGCAACACGGUAUCUGGCUUCCCGUCAUGGCUGGCAACAAGUCCUACGCGCAGAAGAACGUCCUCAACUGCCAGAAGACCGCUGAGCUCACCAAGCGUCUGCCAAAGGUUACCAACGACGUCCGCAAGGCUUUCGAGUCUGUUGCAUCUCAAGGUUUCAUCAUCAACCCAGCUCGCAUGUGCGCUGUCCUGACCUGGGAUACUGCCACCCGUGUCUUCGCCGCCGACGAGCUCAUUGAUGUCCCAGAGAACCGUGCCAAGCUCCUCUACUACCUGCCAAUCCUCCAGAAGACCAGCUCUUGCCAUCUCCUCUCGUUCCCAUGGGCAUCAUACUUCAGCUUGCCCUACUGGAAGCGCAAGUACGGACGUGAGGGUAUGCGACGACUUGUGACUCCCAUUGUCGAGGCUCGCAUGAGGAUCAUCGACCCAGUCCGCGCAGAUGACCCUCUCCAGACCUUCGUCGACAACGGUGACAGCGCCGACUACAUGAUCAACUUCCUCAUCAGCAUGAUCUUCAUCUCUGCCGCCAACGGCUGCGUCGUCUCCGGCGCCAUGCUCUACUCCAUCGCACACCACCCAGAGCUUCAGGAGAAGAUCUACCAGGAAAUCAAGGCCGCCGCAAACCAGUACGCCGCCGACAGCUCCGCACCACUCGUUGACCAACUCGACUCCCUCCCAGUCAAGGCUUGGGAGAACAUGUCCGAGACCAUUGAUCUCUGCUACAAGGAGUGCAUUCGCAUGUGGGUCGCUUUCCCAAUGGGUCGUAUGAACGAGGGUACCACCGACAUCAAGAUCCCCGGCACCGACGAGGUUGUCCCAGCCGGUGGUCUCUGCUGUUACAACACCAUCGAUGUCCACUAUAGCGAAAAGCUCUACCCAGAGCCACUCAAGUGGGACCCCGCGCGCUUCGGUGAGGGCCGCAAGGAGAUGGAACAGGAGGCUCAUGGCUUCAUGGGCUGGGGUGCUGGUCGUCAUCCAUGCAACGGUAUCCGCUGGGCCAAGAUCCAGCAGAACAUGAUGCUUGCCUACGCUUUCGCCAUGUACAAGUGGACCGGCUGCCACAAGGAUGGCUCGCCAAACACCGAUUUCAUCCCACCCACCACCGCGCUCAACGAGCUUGCUCCUUCUCUGCCACAGAAUCUUUUCCUCAAGGCCGAGCCACGAAAGUAGAAUGCCACGAGUGGUGAGCGAAACAGAAGCUCGCUGGAUACGUCUCAGAGAGGGAGAGAAACAUAUGACAUGACGAAUGUUUCGAUUGGCGCUGCUGGGGUCGGGGUGAUGGGUAGGGAGCGGUCCGGGAAAUAGAUCAUUCGGUUUUCUUCGCUUGCAGCUUUGCUUGUUUUUUUUGUCAACCAAGCUGAUGAGUGGGAAACUUGGAUGGAAGUUUUUAGUAGCACUGAAUGCAUUUCUUGGAGUUCGUC